CCGACUCGGACACUCAGACCGCGAGUCAUUCGAAAUGAAAAAAAUUUCAUAGAGCCAAGAAAAAAAAGUAACGAGAUUAUUCGUGAUCGUCGAAAUUCGUUAUCGAUACAAAUUAUUGCGAGUGUGUGCUUCAAAUAUCGGAAAAACAAUCGGAGGAUCGGGGCUAAGAGAGAGAAGAGGACGAAAACUGUGUUGUGAUUUCAAGUGACCACAAUAGUUACCUUGGAUUUGACAUUAGAAUAUCCACACCAAAUUUGGUCACUCGAAGCGCAAACACGGACAAAAAAGUCGAAAAAGAAAAGAAUGGAUCACCGACUCUUACCGACGAUGGAGAACGAGCAAGCGUUGGAUUUCACGUCGACGCCGAAGAGGUCAUCGCGCGAUCAGUUGGCGGAGUUACCGGUGUUGGAUUUAUCAUGUAAGAAGCAAAAUUCGUCCUCGUGUAGUUUGAGUCCGGUGUCGAUAGAGCCGAUAUCGAAUCCCCCAUCAAUAGAGACUGCAAACGAGGACAAUUCGCACGAUCAUGAUGAGCAUUACGGAGAUACGGAGAGAAAGAGUCCUUUCGAAGGGCGUAAUUUCAUGGUGACGCCACCGUCGGAAGUGGAUUCACCGAGGAAGCCAAAACACGAAGGAAUGUACCACAAAAUUAAUGAAAUUACGUCGAUAGCACCGAGCGAGGGUGCGAAUCCGCAUUACGCCAUGUUGCCCUCGAAUUUACCGAUUCCAACGGUCCCAGCGGCGAUGCUCUCGGGCCUGGCGUUGCCGCCGAUCGGCGUCGAGACUAUAGCGUCGCUUCAACUUCCGGUUUCCACGACGACAACGCCAUCGAACUUUAGCCACGAGAUCACAGGCUCAAUGACUCCACAAGAGUCGUCGAAGAAAGCUCCGAGGCCUUUCAAAGCUUAUCCCAAGGAUCCACUCUCCAUGAGCGUCGGAAGCGCCGAGCUCAUGUACGACCAGACGUCGACGGAAGCUUACUCCGAAUUCCGCAAACGAAUGCUCGAGUCGGUCAGGCGUACGAACGAAGGGACCAACAUAAAAAUGCGACGCGUCACCAAGAGUCCGGGCCUCCCAACCAGCACCAUAAUGGACGAAAAAGAUGCCGCUUAUUGGGAGCGACGAAGAAAAAAUAACGAAGCUGCCAAACGCUCGCGGGACGCGAGAAGAGCCAAAGAAGACGAAAUCGCCAUCCGAGCCGCUUUCCUGGAACAAGAAAACAUGAAAUUAAAAUACGAACUCGUUGCACUUAGAAACGAGACUGCUAAACUCAGGUGCAUGAUUUACACCAAUUGAUCCACGUUUUUUCAUCCGCUAUUACUACUCGGACACACUAUCAUUCAUAUUUUAUUUAGAUCAUUUAUCAUCUCGGCCGAAAAUGGUCAAUCGUUACAAAAUUACUUCAAAAAACAACAUGGGUCGAAAUCAGUAGGAAAACUUAUCUCGGAAUUUUUUUUUACGUCAUAACUGUGCAAAUAUUCAAAUUUUCUUGCAGUAGAUAGAAAAAAAAACAACGAUGUAAAUUACGUGGACAAAGUCCUCAAAUUCUUCACUUUACAUUUGUUUUUUUCGUCAAUCACACAUUCGAAGAGAAAAUUUUCAAUGUUUGCAAUUUGGAGCACUGAGAAUAGAUGCAUUCUCUAUUGAUAACGAAAAAUUAAUUGAAAAAUAUGAUGCAUGCAAAUUUCAGUUUUUUGUUGUUGUAACGAUGCGAUUAUUUCUUGUCAUGAAUAUUCGCUCAAAAUCGUAAUGAGACGGCGCCACUGAAUCAGGAUAUUGACUGAAAUUUUAUUCGUCACAAAUUUCGGAUCGCUUCGCGCGUUAUUCACAAGUAUUUUCUCUUAUUCAUCGGAUUUUCACGUGUACUCAAAAUUCUCAACUCGAAAGUUUCAAGAAAUUCGAACGGACUUGACCCAUUCGAAUUUCAAAACACAAAACACUUGAGAAUUUCGUGAAAAAAUGAAAUUUGAAAAUUCAACUUCUCAACGAAACUUUUUCGUGACACGCAAUUUGCGGUUUCAGUAGACUGAUUGAUAUUGAAUUUUUUGAAAUCUUGAAAAUGCGAUGUUUAUGACGAAUAAUUGACUGAAUCGGGAGUCUCGAAAGUAGCUUUAUCAAUAAUGUAAAAAAAAACCAAGUUCUUAAUUCGCAUUUGUAAUAUACAAAUACUCAUACGUUACGUCAUAUACGGGCCUGAAAAUCAACAGAAGUUUCCCGAUAUUUAAGUUCGGAAUGGAAUAUCGAUCCGAUAUCGAUGAAUCGAUGCUUUGCCCUCGUUUUAGUUAAAUCACUUUUUCGGGAUAUCAUAGUCAGUAGAACUUAAGUGUAAAUAAUUAUUGGAAGCUGCGAACGUCCUUCUUCUCUAACUUUUUCUCUCGUCAGCUUGAGAGAGUUUGCUCUACGAUGUGAGAUUUCACCAUGUACAUAAAAAGAUUGUUGCAAUAUUUAAGAUAUAUUUAUAAA